AUGAAGGAACACAAUCCAACCUGGCUAGCUUAUGGUACUAGGAGGACGAUAACCAGUUCGGUAGCACAACAUUUAGCUGACACUGCACACAACGUGAUACCCAGUCAAAGCUUCCACGUUGUUAACAAGGCGCCGGCUAAUCAACCCAGAUCAGUACAGCAGAGCACAAUUGUAGUGGCUGAAGCUAUCGCUAUUCGACAUCGCGACCCGAUCCUUUGUCGGCAAAAGCGUUUUGUUCGUGUGUGGGUUCAGGGUCGUUUGGUCGGUGUUGUGGACAACAAAAAUGUUGGCACAUACUCACAAUUGACUGUGGACCUUAAGAUCUUUUGCGAGCAGCUCAAUGAAGGUGACGUCCUUCGUGCGUCCCGAGUAGACAACUUGGCCGGCGUAUUCAAGAAGCGGUCUGAUGUAGGCCCCGUAGAGCAUUUGGAAGUCCAGGCGAGUGAUACGGGAGAAACCGCAUCGGAUCAUCCGUAA